UCUGUACGUGUUUUUUUUGUUCACUCCCUUGUCCCAAAGUUCAGUAGUUCGUUCAUCUUUUGCUCCGAAAAAUUCAAGAGUUUUUCUUCUCCGAUUCUUAAUUUGUCUUUUCACAAUCAGAAAAACAAUCAAUCGGCAUUUUCUGCACUCAAUUUUAAUUUUUCGAGCAGCAUUUUGUUUUUGAAAAAUUUGAAUUUGUUGUAGUAGAGGCACUAGAACACCCGGAAAUCGCUCAACAAAUAUUUUUUAGGGUUUUUUUUGGCUAGGGAUUACAGUCAUUAAUUAUAUAAUCGGAAAAACAAAGGAAGAAAGAUGAGGAAGCAAUCAUCAAUAUCAUCCGAGAAAUCCAAGAGAGUAAACUGGGCUCCAGAUGCUAGUCUCUGUCAGGGCUACUCACCCCUAUUAACAUCCUGCUUGAAUUAGGUAAAAAUGUUUGUGCCAGAAGAUUGCUCCUCAAAAAUUGGCAAUAAAGCUGAAGAUCACCUUCACACAAACCCAUCCCUUAAAUAUGGAAGCAAGCCAUUCUCAGGGACAGUGAAACACACUUGUAUUCCCCAGAUUAAGUGGAAAUGUCCAUCAAUGUUCAUCUUGAAUAGUGACUGGAAAGUGGUGGCUGGUGAAUUCAGCAAAGAGACCGAGACCCAGAAUUACAGAGAAAAGAGAGUGCUCGAAGCUGGUUCUACCCGGCCAUCUGCUAUUGCUCCAAGCCCAUCAAUUUCUCCAGGUUUGGAAGAAUGUGAUUAUGAUGAUCUUGUAACCCCCGUCAUCCCGGUUAUUCCUGUUGAAGAGGAAGAAGAGGUGAUUGUCAAUGAGAAACCAGUUGUAGGAGUAUCUACUGCCCUAGAGGCUGAUAUUGUUGCUGCUGCGGCUUCAGCUGCUUUUACAGCAAUCAUGAAAAGCAAUGAGAAGGGAAGCUUGGUUGACACUGAUCUCCUUGUUAAAAUCCUUAGUGAUCCGAAAAUGAUUGAGAUAUUGUCAAAAAAAUAUUCAGGCUUUUCUGAAACUACAAAAACAACUCCCAUUUAUGAGCUUCAAGAUAUGAAUAAGAAGCUUCUGCAAGCAGUUAUAUCCAUCCCUAUGGACCCCACCACCAAGACAGCAAUUCCGUCUCCAGAAACGGUUCCUCUUACUUCAACAGCUCAAAACCCGCUAUAUUUCGGGCCGGGCCGGGCUCGUGAUGAUCAGGUCUACAAAAGGCCAGUGGACAAGCUAGAGCUUCCAGGAACGGUUCCUCUUACUUCAACAGCUCACAUUUUAGGGUCAAAUGACACUGCAUCUGCAUCAGACUUCUUCUUCACUCAACCUGACUUGCUGCAAAAUCUUACGGACGUGGGACCAUCUUUGCGGACCACUACAUCCCGGGCUUCCAUGUCCAACCAAGAUCCUCCCACGGAACUCUCGCGUAGGCCCGGUUACUUACUCGAGGAUUAUGGACCGAACAUGAUGUCAUCAACAGAGAAACACAAUCAGAGCAUGCCCUUAGAAACACAAAGAUCAAGGAGCUUUUCACAACAUUCAUCUUCUUCGGUCAAGGCCCCAGUUGAGAAGGAUGUGAAUUACUACAAGACCCUUAUCAAACUACAUGGAAGUAAGGAAGAACAUACAGAGAUUCACAGGCCGAGAGCUUCUGCACCGACAGCCAUAUUUGGGCAAGGAGAUGCGAGGGCAAAGAUGAAGAAAGUUUGCAGAUUUUUUAACAGCUCACAAGGUUGCAGAAGGGGAUUAAGGUGCCCUUUUCAGCAUGAUUCGUCGAUUAAGGUGGAAGCGGAAAGUGUACGAGAUGCUCACACUAGUAAGAGAAUCAAAUUCUGUAGGAAACUCCCUUGAAGAGUGUAAGUGUAACAGUAUUAGAUAGAUUCCUCAGUUUUUUUUUUGGUUUGUGAAAUGAAUCAAACUCUGUAGGAAACUGCCUUGAAGGGUAAGUAUAACAGUUGUAUUAGAUAGAUUCCUCUAUUUUUUUGGGUUUGUGAAAUGAUUUUACAAGGAUUUUGACUACAAUAGGGUAGUUUGUGAUUCAUCCUAGUUCAUUUGUGCAUAUUUUCCGAAGGAAAUUUUUGAUACUCCGAUACUCCUAAUCUGGAGCCAGAAGAAGAUACAUUUUGGUCUUUUAGUUUUGGUAAUGAGAUUUUUCUUUUGUUA